UUCGUCAAAGUAAAAACUCUGAGACAGGUUCACUCUCGUUUUCUCUGUAUUUUCUAGGGUUUUUCGUGUUCCUCUAUCUUCGAUUCACCUUAUCUAGGGUUUUCGGUUCUUUUUUAACCCAAAUUUGCUCUAUUCUUCGUACUCAGCAAUUGGAUUCCCUUCCAAUUUUUAUUGUCUCUUCAGCUGGGACAAUCCUUUCUGGUUUUGUUUUGGGUUCGUCCACGUUUCUGAUCUCGUCGCAAAAGGUCAAUUUUUUUUGUUCGAAAAAAGUAUUUCCUUCAACCCUGUUGAGGAAAAAACUGUGAACAAUGCCUCAACGAACAGUGAAGAAAGGUGCUGCGGCUAAAAGAGCGAAGACCGCCCUUGAAAACAACAACCAUAAUGACAACCUUGGGCAAGAGCCUGAAACUGCGGAAGCGGUUGUGAAUAAUCAUGAAGAAGAAGAAGAAAACAUAGCUAAUGAUGAGAAAAGUGUUCUUUCGGAUGAGAAGCUCGAUGAUGUGAAGAACAAAGAAGAGGAGGUUAAGGAGUCCAUAGAUGAAUAUGAAAAAGAUGAACAGUUAGAUUUUGAGGAUAACUAUCCUGAGUAUGAACCUUUAGAGGACUAUAACGGAGUUGACUAUGAUGAAAAGGAAAUUGAACAAGACGAGCAUCAGGAGGUUAGAGAUGAAGUAGAGGAAGAGUGUGAAGUAGUUGCAGGAGAAGAUGAUAUUUCAGGUGAUGAAGAAAUUGAAUACGUUUAUGAAGAAGUUGAGGUUGAUGAAGAUGAUGAGCAUAAUGAUGAGGAACAUGAUCAUUCGUCACGGAUGGCUGAGGUGGAGCAAAAGGAGCACCCUGAAGGUGUAAAUAAGAGACACAAGCAGAAGGAAUUUGAAGUAUUUGUCGGAGGCUUAUAUAAGGAUGCUACUGAGGAGGAUCUGAGGAAGGUUUUUGGUGAAGUUGGGGUAAUUACUGAAGUCAGGCUGAUGAUGAAUCCUCAUACUAAAAAGAACAGAGGAUUUGCCUUCUUGCAUUUUGAAACUAUUGAACAAGCUAAAAAAGCUGCAACAGAGCUGAAAAAUCCAGUGAUUAAUGGCAAACAAUGCCGUGUUUCUCCUGUUCAAGACAAUGAUACCAUCUAUUUGGGUAAUAUAUGCAAGACAUGGAAAUUAGAAGCUCUAAAAGAUAAGCUGAGACAUUAUGGGGUUGGAAAUUUUGAGAACCUGACUUUAGUAGAAGACAGUAACAAUGAAGGAAUGAACCGUGGAUUUGCAUUUUUGGAUUUUUCAUCUCGUUCUGAGGCUAGGAAAGCCUAUACACAACUGCAGAAGAGAGAUGUUGUGUUUGGAGUUGAUAAGCCAGCAGAGAUUUCAUUUACAGACUCCUUUAUUGACCCAGUUGAUGAUAUUAUGGCACAGGUUAAAACUGUAUUUAUAGAUUCCCUGCCUCCUUCAUGGGAUGAAGAUUAUGUCCGAGAUCUUCUUAAGAAAUAUGGGGAGAUUGAAAAGAUUGAGCUUGCUAAAAACAUGCCAGCUGCUAGUAGGAAGGAUUUUGGAUUUGUUACGUUUGGUACACAUGCUGCUGCCGUGGAAUGUGCUGAUAGCAUUACCAGCUCAGGAUUGGGCGAAGGUGACAAGAAGGCAAAAGUUAAGGCUAGAUUGUCAAGGCCUCUUCGGAAAGGCAGUAGAAAACAUGUUAGCCAUGCGGCCUACAGUUCUGGUCGCAAUGCUGGAAUCUUAUCAAGGCCUUCAAGAGCUAGGCCUGCACCACGUAGUCUUCCUGCUCGCAUGGUAAGACGAAUUGAAAGUCAUGUUCCACCUGGUAGGCCUUUUAGUGUGAUGGAUAGACGGCCUGUUAGUGUGAGAGAUAGAAGACCUGUUAUGUCUAUGUCACUGAGAUCAAGGCCGGUGUCUCAUCUAGCCAGAUCCUCUGAGAGGAGAUUGAGUACAUCUGGAUAUCCAAAAAGUAGCAUGAAGAGAGACUAUGGUGUAUGUGAGGAAUUGCCACCUCCAAGAAGUAGAGUUGCUGUAGAUUAUGGGUCUAGGAUGUCCUCUCAAAAACACCUCUCCUACAGGGAUUAUCCAGCCCAUGGCUCUCGCUACCCUGAGCUGCGUAAAGGUACGUCUCGUACUUCAGCAGCUGCACCUAUGAGAAGUUAUGUGGAUGAUGGCUAUGGCCAAAGAUUUGAGAGGCCUCCUCUUUCUUCUUCCCAUUUUAAUCACCGUGAAGGACACUCCCGUGAUUAUGAGACACUGUCGGGUUCGAAACGUACUUAUUCUGUCAUAGAUGAUGCCCCUCCUCGAUAUGCUGAUACUGGUGCUCGCCAGUCAAGAUCACGUUUGGACUAUGAGUAUGGGGGUAGUAUUUCACAAUAUGGAGAUGCCUAUGGCGAUAGACUUGGAAGAUCUAGUCUGGGCUAUAGUAAUGGCAGGAGUUCUAUAUCUACUCGAGACUCUCAUGGAAUGUAUAGCAGUCGGCAGAGCACAAGUUACAGUGCAGGUUCUUUUGGUGGAAGUGAUCGUGAUUUGUACUCAGCAAGUUAUGGUGGUGAUUACAUAUCUCGUGGCAGUGAUGCUGGUGGCAGAUCAUAUUCGUCAAUGUAUUCCAGCAGGGGUGUGGGUGGUAGCAGCAGCUAUAUGAGUGGUAGUAGAUCUAGGUCGUAUUACUGAGGGAGUAUGACUGGCGAAGAUUGCACACCUGGUCACUAGUAAAUUUGUCGAUGAACAGAUCUAUGUACAAAGAUAAAGCUGCUGGUAGGAUAUGGAUUUCGAAGCUUAUGCACAUUAUGAUGCCUAGUUGCCUAGCAAAGUUGGGGACUCAUUACAAAAUGAACGUCAUAUCAAUUCAGGCUAUCUGGAGCUUAUUUGGACAUAUAAGUUAUUUAGUUUAUGCUGUAAGUACUGAAGUUAACUAGAACUGGAGACCGGAUGCUGAGUACAUGAUGUGUAGUUAGGCUUCAUUUUAUAGGAAAUCCACUGCUAUAUGUUCUGUUGAUUUGGCCACAGAUCAAGGAUACUGAUGUUUCUUUAGGGUAAAAGGAUUGCUGGAAUUAUUUCAUGAUGUCAUACAGUUGGUUUCUUUUCCAUCACAACAGAGAUGAAUUAUUACUUUCAUAUUUUUUGCAA